AUGUAUAUCCACCUGCCACCCUCAGCUAAAAGUGACCUUAUACAGAUAUACAACAACUGCUUGAGAUCUGGAUCAAUUCCGGAGGACUUUCAGAACGUCCUUAUUCUCCCAAUAUUGAAAAAAAGUAAACCGCCCAACUUACCAUCAAGCUACCGCCCUAUAGCGCUCUCCCCUUGUAUUGUCAAGAUCCUGGAGACUAUGAUAAAGAACAGGAUAGAACAUAAGAUAGAAGAGAGAAUUGGUUACAUUUAUACUGCCUUCGCUCAGGGGAAAAAAGUAAUUGCAGUGUUCCUAGAUAUUAAAGGGGCCUACGAUCAUGUGAUUCCCUCGGUUCUACAGAAAGAUUUAGAGGAUGCAUGUGUUCCUGCGGCUGAAUCCAACAUAAUUUUGGCGCUCCUAACCCAGAGACACCUGUUCAUUGCGUCAUCUUCCACCAGCAGAAUUCUGGGCCCUGAGAAAUCCACUGCCAUGAUAUUUACCAGGUCUGGGGUGGUUCGGUGUACCCCUGUCAUGAGACUGGGAGGAGCUAACAUACCUUGGAAGAAGGAACAUAAAUAUCUGGGCAUGAUGAUAGAGGGAAAUCUUCGUUGGCGGAAACAUGUGGAGAUGAUUGUUGGUAAAACGGUCAGCGCACAUAACACAGUUAAAGCCCUGUGCAGGAAAUCAUGGGGUGCACACUCAUCCACUCUUAUAAUGGUCUAUAAAGUACUGGCUGCCCCUCAUCUUGACUAUGGUAGUCUGGUGUAUGGACGGUGUUCUAGGGAAAUACUACUGAAGCUCGAUAGAGCUCAAUAUGCCAUCUUCAGGUCAAUAUUCUCCAUGAUGAAGUCUACCCCAACCAAUAUUCUGCUUUUUGAAAGUUCCCAGAUCCCCCUUCACUUGAGACGUCGCUACAAGUAUGUCACCAAGGCGCUCAGGAUGUUACAUCAUCCUGUACUGGAGUUCAUGGGUGAUACGUCCCACCUUGAGAGACUUUGGUUUAAUGGCACUGUUCCUCCAUAUAUCCAGGCAAUUGGGGAGCUGAGUGGAGAAACUCGCGUUCACAGGUCUCACACUAUUCCAAUUGUAUCAACCCCACUAGCGCAUAUUUUGGUCUUUACAGAUGCCUCUCUUUCCUCUAAUCCGGAUUCAGUGGGAUACGGUGUAUACUUUCCCUCAAUGGGAAUAAAAACUUCUGGUCGUUUACCAGACUACUGGUCGAUCUUUAAUGCUGAAUUAUAUGCCAUUGGACGAGCGAUGUCCGAGUCUCUGGAGCGAAACUUAUCAAGAGUGUUGGUGGUUUCAGAUUCGCUCAGCGCGCUGGAAGCGCUGAAAUCCAACAAGUUCUGUUCUGAUGCAGAUAUUGCUCUGAUGAGAGUAAGACAACUCUUUUACACUGCCAGCUCAGCAGGUCAUUCAGUCAGUUGCAUUUGGGUGCCUAGCCACUCGUAUAUUCAUGAUAAUGAUGUAGCAGACAGACUGGCUAACGAGGGUAGAUAUGCUGAGAGCGUACCUGAUAUUUCGGCUGGGCCUCAGAUCUUAUGGUCUGGAUACAAGAAAUACAUCCGAGACCUCUGGAUUCGUGACUUCCUUGACCUGUGUAAGUACAAGGGCAAAAUUUAUGGUUCCUACGUACAUCAAGGUAACUUCCCCCGUGUAGCGUGGUAUUCAAAGCUAGACAAACCAAGAAGAUUCAUCACCACUAUAUUGCGUCUUAGAUCGGGCCACUGUCUUACCCCAGCACAUUUGCAUAGGAUAGGUUUAAGGGAAUCUCCUAACUGUGACUGCGGAGCCUUAGGCGACCUACCACAUAUAUUCCUUUCUUGUGAGCUUCACAAAGAGAAAAUAGAACUUAUGUAUACCAAACUCUCUAGGGGGGCUUCCCCUUACCAUUUAAUAUCUAUGAUAUUAUAUUUACAAACAACUUAG